CGGCCCCGGCUCGCAGCCGCUCUCCAGGCGCCAGCUCCCUCUCGUCGCCGCCGCGACGCGGCAAAGGAUGGCUCGGCAGCCCCGGGGCUUUCUGCAGGAGGCCUCUCACCAAGUCGUCGCCGGAGGCUCGGCGGUUUCAGUAUAAGAAGAUGUGUGAGGAUACCUUGUGUUUCUCUAUUGCUUCUUUGCUUCAGACCUGGUAAAAAAAAUUGGACAUUGAGAAAAGGUCUUGUAGAAAUUUGCCUGAUGCAUCCCCUUGAUGUAGUGAAAACAAGGUUCCAAAUUCAAAGAGGGAAAACUGAUCCAACCAGUUACAAGAGCCUGGGGGACUGUUUUAGGACUAUUUUCCAACGAGAAGGAUUACUUGGCUUCUACAAAGGAAUACUUCCUCCCGUUUUGGCUGAGACACCCAAAAGGGCAGUGAAGUUUUUUACCUUUGAACAAUACAAGAAGCUUCUGGGAUAUGUGUCAUUGCCACCAGGACUGGCAUUUGCAGUUGCUGGCUUGGGAUCUGGGUUGACAGAGGCAGUCGUGGUUAACCCAUUUGAAGUAGUGAAGGUUACCUUACAGACCAAUCAGAAUGCUUUCACAGAGCAACCAUCUAGCUUUGUUCAAGCUCAGCAGAUCAUUAAAACUGGUGGUCUGGGCUUCCAAGGACUCAACAAAGGCCUCACUGCAACACUGGGCCGUCACGGAGUUUUUAACAUGGUUUACUUUGGAUUCUACUUCAAUGUGAAAAACAUCCUACCAGUCAAUAAAGAUCCAAAUUUGGAGUUUUUGAGGAAAUUUGGAAUCGGGCUAGUCUCAGGAACAAUAGCCUCAAUUAUUAACAUUCCUUUUGAUGUUGCAAAAAGUAGGAUUCAAGGACCACAGCCAGUUCCUGGAGAGAUCAAGUACAGAACCUGUUUUAAAACUAUGGCAACAGUCUAUAAAGAGGAAGGAUUUCUGGCUCUGUACAAAGGCUUGCUUCCCAAGAUUAUGAGGCUCGGUCCAGGUGGUGCAGUGAUGCUUUUGGUUUACGAAUACGUUUAUGCAUGGCUUCAGGACACAGUCAAUCACAAGGAACACAUCUGAAAAAAAUGUAUUCUUUAAAAUUGCAUGCAUUCUAAAAUACACUGUAAUAAAGCAAAAGUGAUUCUUA